AGACGUAAGUCAUGUCGUAAAAAAAAAGCAGUCAAUUGUCGUAAAAGGUGUCGUUUUUUGGCAACUUUUCGCAGGUCUGCUACAAGCUAGGUUGUUUUUAUUAGUGACAUGGCCUCAGCUCCGGCACAGCAGCCCACCCUCACUGUUGAGCAGACCAGAGUGGUACUGAGCGAGGUGAUCCAGGCCUUCUCAGUACCAGAAAACGCUGCGAGGAUGGAGGAGGCUCGAGAAAGUGCCUGCAACGACAUGGGCAAGAUGCUGCAGCUUGUGCUCCCUGUGGCCACAAUGAUUCAACAAGAGGUCAUCAAAGCCUACGGCUUCAACAAUGAAGGAGAGGGUGUCCUAAAAUUUGCCAGAUUGGUGAAGAUGUAUGAAACCCAGGACCCUGAAAUUGCAGCCAUGUCAGUUAAGCUGAAGUCUCUCCUCCUGCCACCACUGUCAACACCACCUAUAGGAGGCGCCAUUCCAGCUUCAUAGGAGUUAUUUCGACUGCAAGGUUACUUUCAUCUAAUGCUUUGGAGCAACAUGAACAUACUCUAAUUCCAAGAUCUUGUCUAUCAUCUACUUUUUCUUGUGAAAUAAUACAAAAAAUACAUUCCAACAAAGAUGAAACUCAAAUCUUAUCUACAUUAUGGUUUCAUAUAAAGCAUCCUUGCAAAAACAUGUUAAAUUAUUGCUUUUCAAAUGUUUCAGUAUUUGUUACAUGUUACACUAUGACCAUUUUCUUGUCAUUGAUCCUUAAACAUUUCCUUAAUGCCAUCUUUUUUUUAAUCAUUUUAACUAUACCAUUUUUAUAUGCUGUCGGAUGUAUCAAAUGUCAUUCUUUUGUUAUAUAUUAAAAUGCUUUCUGUGAA